CCAAUGCUUUUUUAUUGACAAACAAAAACAAAAGUGAUAACGGAAAUGUUAUUAUCCAAAUUCUAAAGGGCUCAUCCUCUAAAAUCAAUCAAAAUUCUGUGUGUGUACAGUAUUUAUUGAGGGACUUGUCCAAAUUCGAGGUAUUAGAUCCAAAAUGAGGGAGUGUAUUUCGGUGCAUAUCGGACAAGCGGGAGUCCAAAUUGGCAAUACAACGUGGGAACUCUACUGUUUAGAACAUGGAAUCGAAGCAGACGGCAAAGCAUCAACAACGACAAACGAUAAUUGUUAUGGAACGUUUUUUUCAGAAGUCGAAAAUGGAAAAAUGGUGCCAAGAGCUGUUAUGGUUGACUUAGAACCUACCGUUGUUGAUGAAGUAAGAACUGGAAAAUAUAAACAAUUAUAUCACCCAGAACAAUUAUUAACCGGAAAAGAGGAUGCAGCUAAUAAUUAUGCUCGAGGUCAUUACAGCAUAGGAAAAGAAAUGAUUGAUGUGGUGAUGGAAAGACUUUAUAAAUUAGCAGAACAAUGUUGUGGAUUACAAGGAUUUUUUGUAUUCCACUCAUUCGGUGGCGGAACCGGAUCUGGAUUUACAUCUUUACUCAUGCAAAAAUUAUCGCAAGAUUUUGGGAAAAAAAGCAAAUUAGAAUUUGUUGUUUACCCCGCACCACAAGUUUGCACAGCUGUUGUUGAACCUUACAAUUCAAUUUUAACCACUCACAUGACUUUAAACCAUUCCGAUUGUGCUUUUAUGGUGGAUAACGAAGCGAUUUACGACAUUUGCCGUCGAAAAUUAGGCAUCGAACGUCCCGAUUAUUCCAAUUUGAACCGUUUAAUCAGCCAAGUUGUGUCUUCUAUAACCGCCAGUUUACGUUUUGAUGGGGCCUUAAACGUCGAUCUCACCGAAUUUCAAACAAAUCUAGUUCCAUAUCCUCGUAUUCAUUUUCCGUUAGCUUCUUAUGCUCCCGUUGUUUCUUUGGAUAAAGCAUAUCAUGAAGGGAUGUCUGUAUCUGAGAUAACUUCAGAAUUAUUUGAACCCGCUAAUCAAAUGGUGAAAUGUGAUCCCCGGCAAGGAAAAUAUAUGGCUUGUUGUUUAUUAUAUCGGGGAGAUGUUGUUCCUAAAGAUGUUAACGCAGCUAUUGCUCAAAUGAAAGCGAAAAGUAAUGUGAGAUUUGUUGAUUGGUGUCCAACUGGUUUUAAAGUAGGAAUUAAUUAUCAACCACCAACUGUAGUACCAGGUGGUGAUUUGGCACGUGUACAAAGAGCCGUUUGUAUGUUAUCGAAUACAACGGCGAUAGCUGCUGCUUGGAAUAAAUUAAAUCGUAAAUUUGAUUUGAUGUUUGCAAAAAGGGCUUUUGUUCAUUGGUACACUGGUGAAGGUAUGGAAGAGGGUGAAUUUCAAGAAGCCAGAGAAGAUUUGGCUGCCUUAGAAAGAGAUUACGAAGAAGUUUCAUCUGAAUGUUGCGAUUACGAUGAUGAUAAAUUGUCCGAUAUGUAAAAGAAAGAAGAGGAGAGUUGUUUUUUUUUAAUAUUUUUCAUAAUUUUUUGGAUAAUGAUUUUUACUUAAUCUUAUUUUAUUUA